AUGACAUCUCAGAAACACUACUACAGAGUCAAAUUCAAUGCCUGGAAUGACGUGCUCCUGGUUCGAGAGGGCACAGCAGUUGCACUGUCCUGCUCUGAUGCAACACCCACAGACAUUAAGCAGGUCACAUGGCUGAUGAUGCCACCUGAAGAUAAACAGUGGAUGGUGCUUUUGUCUGUUAACAUCACCACGAAGAUGGCAAUGGCGAUCUGGAGGAAACUUGUGCAGCUGGGAAGCCGAACUAUGGAGAUAUCUGAAGACGUUGCAUUGCGUUUCACAGCCACGGUGAGGGAUGGAGGGCACUACUCUUGUCAGAUGCACCAGGGAGACGGGAGAUUAGAAGAGAGGAUUGUUCUUCUGGCUCUUGUUAAAUUGACUUCAAUUCCAGCUUCUUCCAUCCCUACGGACAGUAUUGUGGGGCUGAAAGCUGAAGUCUCUCCCUCGUAUGCCGUUUCGGGCGGGACAUGGCUGUCAUCCACCGGUGUUAGCUUACUUACAGACGUGACCUCUGCAGGCACCCUGCUCACCAAGCUGCCCCGUGUCACCAGCAAAGACAGCGGCUUGUACACCUGCAGUAUUAGCGUUGAUGGCCAGAGCAGCAAGCCUGUCUACAACUUCACCCUCACUGUGACUGUAACCGGCGCCAUCAACCAGCCAGCAGAGGUUGUAACUUCGGAACCCUUGCUCCGUCUGGCGGCUCUUUCUUAUUCAGCCGUCUCCCUCCACUGCCCUCCCGUCUACGCCGAUUAUGUAAGGCUCUACUGGUGGCGUCCAGAUGACCACAGAUCACAACCAAAGCUGAUUUUCCAAUUUGACCGCUGGAGGAAUUUCAAGGAGCAGCAUAAGCCCAACCUCCAGCUGCUCGGCCCCUCCUCAUCAGCACCUUCUAGAAAUUUCUCCUUUUUGCUGAAGCCGGAGCUGAUGGACGCUGGACGCUAUCAGUGUGAGGUCUUCCUGGAUGACAGAGUGUUCGGUCAGGUCACGACACUCACCGUUUUACAUGGCUAUAGCACAUCCAGCAGUCUCUCUGUAGAACUGAACUGUGCGUACGCCGAGCGCUCUCAAGUAGCUUCAGUAAAAUGGUUACAUUUCCAAAGGCCUGAUGUCUCGCUGCCGUCACAUGGUGUCAUUGGACGGAUAUCUAUCUCAGUAAAUCUCCCUGUGAGCCAGAUAACGGCUGGGCAGUACAUCUGCGCUUUAAAACUGAAAAACGACCAAACUGUUCGACAUGUGCACACCAUCAAGAAGGCUACGACAGAGCGACCUUGCUGUGAGGCUGAUAAAUCAACCACAGACACUCCCAUAUCUCUGUUUCCAGCCAUUGAAGGUACUAGUACAUCUGAGGCAUCGGUUCUUCUCUCCUCUCUGAUUCUUCUUCUCUUUUUGGUACCCGUGGCUGGUGCAGUGGUUGGGGUGUUGCUAUGGAGACGGGGACCUUGCACCUCUUCUCGGAAUGUGGAGCGGACACUGUCUCACUAUUCUGGAGAGGUGGAGAACAUUUAUGAAAAUCCUGAGGACCUGCGACAGUCUCCUCCAAGUGCAGUGUAUAUGGAUUUGAAGCUCACUGGAGAGACAGAUGUUUAUAGGGAAUUAGACAGAUAUGACCAGUGUUGCGGUUAAACCACAGCAGGAUGGAUACAGGGUGGCAAAGGCCACAUAUCUAUGUAAUUAAUCAGUAUUUUAUGGUUAUUGAUCAUUACUGCACAUUAGCUUGGUAUUGUAAGCA